AUGGUGACGUUUAAGAACAUGGCCGGCAAUCUUAAACCAUCCCACGUGCGCCUCUUGUACCGCCAGGUGGUGCUGCCGGCCAUCGCUUAUGCGUCCCCCAUCUGGUGGCCCGAACGGCCUGACUGCCGCCUGCGCAAUCGCAUACUAUCGGUACAGCGCUCGGUGCUUCUCGCACUGACUGGCGCGUACAAGACUACGCGCACUGCUGCGCUGCAGCUUCUCUUACACGCGCCGCCGGUCGAACUUGAGUUGCGCCGCCUCAAUCAAGAGUUUACCUUGUUCGUAUUGAGGAAAUCUAUUGAAUGCAACGGCAUUACAUACGACGCCGACAACAUCGCGCUCCCGAUCGACCGGUGGACAAGACACCCGGCCCAAAUGCCACAGGAAAGACCGGUAUGCCGGCUCUCGGUGCAGCAGGCUAGGGCGAUGGUUCGGAACCAGGGCUUCCACAUAUACACUGACGGUUCGCACACGUCUUUGUCAUCGGGAGCGGCAUACGUGGUGUUCCGUCGCGGCACAACCAUAAAGGCCGUCGGUGGCUAUAAAGUUCAGGGCGCGAACAGUGCUUAUUGCACUGAGAUUGUGGCCUUCACGGAGGCCCUUAUUUACUUGAGAUCCUCUGCCUCUCGGCAACCGGCGUUUCUCUACACCGAUUGCCUGUCGGUCUUGCAAGCCCUCGCUAGCCCACAUUGCCUGGACCCACGCGUUGAGCGCAUCCGAGCGCUGAUGGCGCGGAUCUCCGCCUCCCGGCACCUUCAGGCGUUCCAUGUCCCAGGCCACCGGGGCUUGUUCGGCAAUGAGAUCGCCGACUGUUACGUCUGUGCAGCCACUUGUGGCUGUAGACGAUUUAUUUUACACAAGGAAACAUGA